AAUGCGGGGGCAUCGACAAGAGAACCAUCGAGAAGUUCGAGAAGGAGGCGGCCGAGAUGGGCAAAGGUUCCUUCAAAUACGCCUGGGUCCUGGACAAGCUGAAGGCUGAGCGUGAGCGUGGUAUUACCAUCGAUAUUUCCCUCUGGAAGUUCGAGACCAGCAAAUACUAUGUCACCAUCAUCGAUGCUCCUGGACACAGAGACUUCAUCAAGAACAUGAUCACUGGAACUUCUCAGGCCGAUUGUGCUGUCCUGAUUGUUGCUGCUGGUGUUGGUGAGUUUGAGGCUGGUAUUUCCAAGAACGGGCAGACCCGUGAGCAUGCCCUUCUGGCCUACACCCUGGGUGUGAAACAGCUGAUUGUUGGUGUCAACAAGAUGGAUUCUACUGAGCCACCUUACAGCCAGAAGAGAUACGAAGAGAUUGUCAAAGAAGUCAGCACUUACAUCAAGAAGAUUGGCUACAACCCAGACACUGUAGCUUUUGUGCCAAUUUCUGGUUGGAAUGGUGACAACAUGCUGGAGCCUAGCUCUAACAUGCCCUGGUUCAAGGGAUGGAAGAUAACCAGAAAGGAUGGCAGUGCCAGUGGCACCACCCUCCUCGAAGCCUUGGACUGCAUCCUGCCACCAACUCGUCCAACUGACAAGCCUCUGCGCCUGCCCCUUCAAGAUGUCUACAAAAUCGGCGGCAUUGGUACUGUGCCUGUUGGCCGUGUGGAGACUGGUGUGCUGAAGCCAGGCAUGGUGGUUACAUUUGCCCCAGUCAAUGUAACAACUGAAGUCAAGUCUGUUGAGAUGCACCAUGAAGCCUUGAGCGAAGCUCUGCCUGGUGAUAACGUUGGCUUCAAUGUUAAGAACGUGUCUGUGAAGGAUGUUCGCCGUGGCAAUGUUGCUGGUGACAGCAAGAAUGAUCCUCCAAUGGAAGCUGCUGGCUUCACUGCACAGGUUAUUAUCCUGAACCACCCUGGCCAGAUCAGCGCUGGCUAUGCCCCUGUGCUGGAUUGCCAUACUGCUCACAUUGCCUGCAAGUUUGCUGAGCUCAAAGAGAAGAUCGAUCGUCGUUCUGGCAAGAAGCUGGAGGAUGGCCCCAAAUUCCUGAAGUCUGGAGAUGCUGCCAUCGUUGAUAUGAUCCCUGGCAAGCCCAUGUGUGUUGAGAGCUUCUCUGAUUAUCCUCCUCUCGGUCGCUUUGCCGUGCGCGACAUGAGGCAGACGGUCGCUGUCGGUGUCAUCAAGGCGGUUGACAAGAAGGCUGGAGGAGCUGGCAAGGUCACAAAGUCUGCCCAGAAGGCCCAGAAGGCUAAAUGAAAAUUCUGUACACCAGCUGCCACCUCAGUCUUAAUCAGUGGUGGAAGAACGGUCUCAGAACUGUUUGUCUCAAUUGGCCAUUUAAGUUCAAUAGUUAAAGACUGGUUAAUGAUUACAAUGCAUCGUAAAAGCUUCAGAAGGAAAGGAAUGUUUGUGGACCAUUUGUUUCGUGGCAGUUUAAGUUAUUAGUCUUUAAAAUUGAUGAAUUUUUUAAAAUGGAAACUUGACCAAAAAUCUGUCACAGAAUUUGAGACCAUUAAAACACAAGUUCAAUGCUA